UUGUAAGCGGCUUUGUAAGCUCUGCUUGGAAGGCUCAACGCGUCGAUCGAAAAGUUCGCCUCACAGCUCACGACGAUGUCCGAAUCUCUGCGUUUCCUUGGUUCCUUGAAGGGCCACAAGGGUUGGGUCACCGCCAUCGCCACUUCCUCCGAGACCCCCGAUGUUAUUCUCUCCGCGUCUCGUGACAAGACCAUCAUCGUCUGGCAGCUGACCCGCGAUGAGACCGGCUACGGCUCCCCCAAAAGAAUCCUGCACGGCCACAACCAUUUCGUGUCCGACGUCGUUAUCUCCUCCGACGGCCAAUUCGCUCUCUCCUCGUCCUGGGACCACACCCCCGUCUCUGGGAUCUCAACACCGGUGCCACGACACGUCGUUUCGUCGGCCACACCUCCGACGUUCUCUCUGUCAGCUUCAGCGCCGACAACCGUCAAAUCGUUUCUGGUUCCCGUGACCGAACCAUCAAGCUGUGGAACACGCUCGGCGAGUGCAAGUAUGACAUCAAGGAGGAUGGUCACUCUGAGUGGUACGGUUUCUUGCGUGCGCUUCAGCCCGAACGUCAUGAACCCGGUGAUCGUGUCCUGCGGUUGGGACAAGGUUGUCAAGGUUUGGGAGCUCUCGAAGUUCAAGCUGAAGACCAACCACUACGGCCACACCGGAUACAUCAACACAAUCUCUGUCUCGCCCGAUGGUUCGCUUGCUGCCUCCGGUGGCAAGGACGGAAUCACCAUGCUCUGGGACCUUAACGAGGGCAAGCACCUCUACUCCCUCGAGGCUGGUGACAUCGUCAACGCCCUUGUCUUCUCGCCUAACCGGUACUGGCUAUGCGCUGCUACCGCCAGCUGCGUGAAGAUCUUCGAUCUUGAGAGCAAGUCUAUUGUUGACGAGCUCAAGCCCACCUUCACUGAGGCCUCUGAGGAGGGCCGGGAACCCGAGUGUGUGUCGAUUGCCUGGUCCGCAGAUGGCCAGACCCUGUUUGCUGGCUUCACGGACAACCACAUCCGUGUCUGGACCGUCUCGUCAUAAAAGGUAUCGGUGCAUGUGCAUUAGGGAGUUGAUUUAUGUUGCCUUUCAUUCGUACCUGCCACAAUACACAAAAAACAUUUACUCCAA